CUCGCGCCAGCCAGAUUGAAAAACUUGAUAGCGAGCCAAGAAAGCUCGCAGGAGGGUUGUCGAGAUGGUGAAUCCAGGGAAGCGUAUGCACAUAUUGCAAGAAUUGCUAGCGAUACGGCAUGGCCCAGGCGCAGCGAUACUACCGCCCGAGAUCACGCGGAUACAUCUAGACUUCGCCAAAAGAUGGAAUAAUGGACACUUCGGGCCCAGGAAAUUCUGGAGAGACUGCCUACCCCGCCUGAAAUUCUGGAACCCAGCAGUCCCAAUGCUCGUCAACCGAACAGAGGACCAAACAGCGCCGGCGAAGAUGUCGAUAUACUUCCGGCAAGCGGCGCUAGACUCCAACAAGCCGUCCGUGCUAGUCAGCAAGUUCAACACCCUACCGCUCGCGCAGCAGCCGCGGUCGAGCAUAACGAACGAGUACCCGGCGCCGGAGCCGGAGGAGGGCGAGCGCGUCGUCACCAUCGACAUGAAGGAGGUGCACUCGGACGCCAUCCUCGAGGAGUUCCUCGCCAAGACGGGCGCCACCAAGGUGGAGCCCACGGCCGACGAGCUGGCCGAGAUGGCCCAGGUCGAGCGCCGCCACCGGGAGGCCGCCUUCGACCGCAGCAUCAACAAGAAGUACAUCGACGCCCAAAAGCUUGAGGAGCGCAUGCUGGCUAUGGCUCGCCAGGAGGCCGAGGCCAUCAAGAUGGCUAACCAGUAAGGGGGGGGGGGGAUUCCGGACUACCGGAUUCCAACAUUUUUAAUCCCGGCCUACGGAUCGAGGGCCGAGGAAAGGUUUAUUUUUGCUACGUUGGACUCUAGCAAAAGAGAAGGUUAAGUGGACGGGGCUGGGGCUGGGGAUGGGACAUGAGCGACGACUUACUGGAAUG